AUGCAGGCCUGGGACACUAUGGUGGUGACCCUGGCCAUGCUGAUGCCUGCCACUGUGGAUGCCAAGAUCUUCGAACGCUGCGACCUGGCAAUGAAGCUGGAGAAGGCGGGUCUCAAUGGCUUCAAGGGCUACACCAUUGGAGACCAUGAGACUCGUCACCCCAAGUCCCACCCAUGGCUGUGCAUGGCACAUUAUGAAAGUGGCUUUGACACCUCCUUCGUGGACCACAAUCCUGAUGGCAGCAGUGCAUAUGGCAUUUUCCAGCUGAACUCCGCCUGGUGGUGUGACAAUGGUGUUACACCUACCCAGAACCUCUGUCACAUGGAGUGUCAUGAACUGUUCAACCGCCAUAUUCUGGAUGACAUCAUGUGUGCCAAGCAGAUAGAGUCCUCACAAAAUGGUAUGAAUACCUGGGAUUCUUGGAGCCACCACUGUUCUGGCCAUGAUUUAUCUGAAUGGCUCAAGGGGUGUCAUAUGUAUGCAAAACCUUACACAACAGAAAUUAAUUCAUGA